AUGCCCUCUUUGAUCGUCACCUCGACCCGCAUCACGCUCGCCCUCCAAGCCAGACGAGCAGGUCCAGCCCUCGCCCGCUACACGUCGUCCAAAUCAACAAUGAGUUCCCAGCCCGUGGCAAGCCCCCUCACACAGUCGGCGACGUUCCUGGUCGUUUCGGCCACUGAGUCGCCGGAUGCCAUCGCCACGAUCCGCGCCGCACUUUCCUCUGUCGCUGACAUUACCAAGAACGUGUCCAUCCGCCAUCCCAGCUCCAAUCUAAGCUGCGUAGUUGGCAUCGGGAGCUCGGUCUGGGACCGACUCACCGGCAUCCCCAAGCCCAAGGAGCUGCACGCGUUCCCAGAGGUCCGCGGAGCCAAGCACACUGCCGUCUCGACGCCCGGCGAUCUCUUGUUCCACAUACGCGCCGAGAGGAGAGACGUCAGCUUCGAAUUCGAGAACCAGCUGCUCAUGAAGCUGGGCGGCUCCGUCAAGGUGGAGGACGAGACCACCGGUUUCCGCUACUUUGACGCCCGCGAUCUCUUGGGAUUCGUCGACGGCACCGCCAAUCCUGUCGGAUCGGACGUGGCAGACGCCGUCUGUAUUGCCGAGGCAGACGACGCGGCUGCCGUGGGCGGAAGUUAUAUCGUGGUGCAAAAAUACGUCCACGAUAUAGAUGGCUGGCGCGGAUUGUCCACUGAGCAGCAAGAGGCCGUCAUUGGCCGAACCAAGCUGGACAACAUGGAGCUUGACGACGCUCAGCAAGGGCAGCAACAAUCUCACAAGACGUUGGCGACGAUCCAAGACGAGGACGGCAACGAGCAUGACAUUCUGCGAGACAACAUGCCCUUUGGGUCGCCGGGGCACAAGGAGUUUGGCACCUACUUCAUUGGGUAUUCCAAGAAACUAUGGGUGAUUGAAAAGAUGAUGGAGCGCAUGUUUAUCGGUAACCCGCCGGGCAAGCACGACCGCAUCUUGGAUUUCUCGACGCCUCUAACAGGCACGACGUUCUACGCACCGCCCACGUCUAUCCUGGAGAAGCUUGGGUAA